AUGGAAUCACUAAAGGUUUUCUGUUUUGCUCUUAUGGCGGUAUCAGACGUAGCCAACGCCCAGUGCAUAAACCGGAUGUUACCUUUGCAGACAAGCAUUCUGCCGGUUUCCGAAACGGUAAUACCGAACCCGGCCAACUAUGUAACCGCUUGCAACCUAGAUUACGGAUUAGACGCGUUAUACCAGAACCCUGCAACCACCAUCAUACAGGACAGCACGGUCGCGAACAACCUAGCCAACGCUCUACAACUAAUGGUCGUUAGCAACCUGUUGAGUAAUACUUUGCCCGGUUGUAAUGACGUGGUCGUUCCAUUCGGGACGGUUGAUUUCGCCCCUAUUCCGAACUGCAACAAUUACGGCGGCUACAACUAUAUAUUUUGA